ACUAAGGAUUCAUCAGGGGCUCUCAGGAGAGCCAGCACUAGGGUUUCAACUCUCUUCACCAAAUCCCUCAGCCCCAAAAUUAUCCUCUCGUUGGCCACCCAUUUCUCCGCCACCGCAGCCGCCACCACCACUCACCACAUAUGUAUUGAUAAGUGUUUACUGCAAAUAAGUCUUUUAUAGUUCCAUGCCAAUUUUGUUUUCAAAGAAACAAAAGGGGAAUUUAUUCUGCAGUUGAGAAGGCAUACAGUGUAUUACUACUGUAAUCUCCGAAGAACGAGAAUAACAUCUAGUUUAUAGGAUUUAAUGGCCCCAAGAUGGAAAGGCAAGGGCGCAGAAGGUAAAGCUCUUGCAGAUCCCAUUUCAAAGAUCAUUUCUCAACUUCAAUCUUCUCUAAUUUUGUCGAAGUCUCAAGGUUUACUCUCAGGCAGUAGCGUAAUCCUUGAAGCAGAUACAGAGCAAACUGACUUUCUCAAUCGUGCAUGUUUUGGCCGACCUAUAAUCACAGCUGAGAAGGAUAAACAGUGGUUUCAAUUUACUUUGGAGGAAGCUUUUUACCUAUGUUACUCCAUAAAAUGUAUCACAAUUGUAGGUGAGAAUAAUUGCAUAAGAAGUGAUGAAGAGGUAUGGAAAUACAUGAAGUCCAAGAAAGAAUCCUUUCCUGAAUUUUUCAAGGCCUAUUGUCAUCUUCGGAUGAAGAAUUGGGUGGUUAGGUCAGGAUCCCAGUAUGGUGUGGACUUUGUUGCGUACCGUCACCAUCCAGCUCUGGUGCAUUCUGAAUAUGCCGUGCUUGUUUUAUCAGAGGGAGAUGACAGUGCAAAUGGUCGUUUGAGGGUCUGGUCUGAUAUUCACUGCACUAUUAGACUUUGUGGCAGUGUUGCAAAGACAUUGUUAAUUCUUACUGUCAAUAAAAAUGGGCAUAGGGCUAUCUCUCCAUCAUGUUUGGAGAGUUACAGUGUCAAAGAGCACACGGUCACUAGAUGGAGUCCAGAGCAAUGUCGUGAAGAUCAACCAAUUGUUGAAAAUCGAACCAAUGGAUAGAUUUGACUUCUUGUCUAGACUGUACUAUUUGCAGGUUUCAUAUAUUACAUAUUGAUCUAAACCUGAUAUGUUUGAGUAUUGUUUGGCUCUCCGAUGGAAGGCUCUAGACAUGUGCAGACCAUUUAGAGUGUCAUCGGAUUUAUCUAAACCCAGGCACCAUGGUAUUCUGUUGUGAUGAUCCAGAGGGAAGUAGAGGAAUUUUUGGUACAUGGUUUCUUUUUGCAAAAACCUCUAUACCCUAUAUAAUUUUCUCAAGUCCACCUGUUGCUGGACAGCCGAUCUCUCUCCAGCCUUUCGCCAGUGCAGGGGUAAUGUUCCGCUGCCUCAGAUAUCAUUUCUUGGAAAUGACCAACUACAGUUGAAAUCAGGUUACUUGCUAUUUCUCAAGUUCUCAGGUGAGAUUCAGGACAAUAUUCAGUCCUUAUACACCCAUAGCUGUGCCCAUCUAUCAUAGUAAGUUGCCCUCUACUAUUAUAUCAUGUAACAAUGCUGCAAUCUUUCCCUUUUCUUUGAUUAAUGGUAGUUG